AUGGAUCAUAAAAAGAUAUAUGUUACCAAGCAAAUGCCUUUAGCCGAUGCUUUCAACAAGGCUGAUGCAACUGCGAGGCUAUAUGAUGUAGAUGUCUCUGUCUUGGCCUUCUCUCCUUGUGGACAACCAUACUUAUUUGGAAGUCCAUGUUUCAAGAAUGUGGUUAAUCAAAACACUAAUUUGAAAAAAGAGAGAAAAUCAUCCUCGUCGAAACAAUCUAGUAUUCUCAAAUAUCAAGCCAAACUCGAUCGUGUCAUGAAAGAGGUGGAUAGAGAAAAGGAGCGUGGAAAGGUUUUAAAGAAGAGUCUGGAAGAAACCAUGAAAAGGCACAAUAUAAAGGAGAUUGAAGAUCAAACUUUGGAGGAGUUACUUGCCUCAAAAAAAGAGGUCGAAAUGUUUCUAAAUUUUCUGAAUAAUAAUUUUAAGGAGACGGAUCCGGCUUCGUCUCAGUUCAUGCCCUCAAAGAAUAAGAAGAAUCAUUCCUUGCCCUUAAAGAUUAAGAAGAUGUAG